GAGAAGGGGUGCCAGCUCCUUGCGUGCUCUCCGUGCUCCCGGCUCCUCACUCCUUCCCCCUCCUCCUCGCCUCCUCCCUCCCCGCCCCCACCUCCUUCCUCCUCUCCGAAGGGCUGGUAACUUGUUGUGCGGAGCGAACGGCGACAACGACGGCGCGACGGAGGCACCAUCCGGGCGGGCAGCAUGGGCACGUCCGCGCGCUGGGCGCUGUGGCUGCUGCUCGCGCUGUGCUGGGCGCCCCGGGACAGCGGCGCCACUGCAAGCGGGAAGAAAGCCAAAUGUGAUAGCUCCCAAUUCCAGUGCACAAAUGGCCGCUGCAUUACCCUGUUGUGGAAAUGUGAUGGAGAUGAAGACUGUGCGGAUGGCAGCGAUGAGAAGAAUUGCGUAAAGAAGACAUGUGCUGAGUCUGACUUCGUGUGCAAAAAUGGCCAGUGUGUUCCUAACAGAUGGCAGUGUGACGGGGACCCUGAUUGUGAAGAUGGUUCUGAUGAAAGCCCAGAACAGUGCCAUAUGAGAACAUGCCGCAUAAAUGAAAUCAGCUGUGGCGCCCGUUCCACUCAGUGUAUCCCAGUGUCCUGGAGAUGCGAUGGGGAAAAUGAUUGUGACAAUGGAGAAGAUGAAGAAAACUGUGGCAACAUAACAUGUAGUGCGGAUGAGUUCACUUGCUCCAGUGGCCGCUGUGUCUCCAGGAACUUUGUGUGCAAUGGCCAGGAUGACUGUGACGAUGGUAGUGAUGAGCUGGACUGUGCUCCACCAACCUGCGGUGCCCACGAAUUCCAGUGCAGCACCUCUUCCUGCAUUCCCCUCAGCUGGGUGUGUGAUGAUGACGCAGACUGUUCCGACCAAUCAGACGAGUCACUUGAGCAGUGUGGCCGGCAGCCUGUGAUACAUACCAAAUGUCCCACCAGUGAGAUCCAGUGUGGCUCUGGCGAGUGCAUUCACAAAAAAUGGCGGUGUGACGGAGACCCUGACUGCAAGGACGGCAGCGAUGAGGUCAAUUGUCCUUCUCGAACCUGCAGACCUGACCAGUUUGAAUGUGAAGAUGGUAGCUGUAUCCACGGCAGCAGGCAAUGCAACGGCAUCCGAGACUGUGUUGAUGGCUCUGACGAAGUCAACUGCAAAAACGUCAAUCAGUGCCUGGGCCCUGGAAAGUUCAAGUGCAGAAGUGGGGAAUGCAUAGAUAUCAGCAAAGUAUGUGACCAGGAACAAGAUUGCAGAGACUGGAGUGACGAACCCCUGAAGGAAUGCCAUAUCAACGAAUGCUUGGUUAAUAACGGUGGCUGUUCCCAUAUCUGCAAAGACUUAGUUAUAGGCUAUGAAUGUGACUGUGCAGCUGGGUUUGAACUGAUAGAUAGGAAAACCUGUGGAGAUAUUGAUGAAUGCCAAAAUCCGGGGAUCUGCAGUCAAAUUUGUAUCAACUUAAAAGGCGGUUACAAGUGUGAAUGUAGUCGUGGCUAUCAAAUGGAUCUUGCCACUGGCGUGUGCAAGGCAGUAGGCAAAGAGCCAAGUCUGAUCUUCACUAAUCGAAGAGACAUCAGGAAGAUUGGACUAGAGAGGAAGGAAUACAUCCAACUUGUAGAACAACUAAGAAACACAGUGGCUCUUGAUGCUGACAUUGCAGCUCAGAAACUAUUUUGGGCUGAUCUAAGCCAAAAGGCCAUCUUCAGUGCCUCAAUUGAUGACAAGGUUGGUAGACAUUUUAAAAUGAUCGACAAUGUCUAUAAUCCUGCAGCCAUUGCUGUUGAUUGGGUGUACAAGACCAUCUACUGGACUGAUGCGGCUUCUAAGACUAUUUCAGUAGCUACCCUAGAUGGAGCCAAGAGGAAGUUCCUGUUUAACUCUGACUUGCGAGAGCCUGCCUCCAUAGCUGUGGAUCCGUUGUCUGGCUUUGUUUACUGGUCAGACUGGGGCGAGCCAGCUAAAAUAGAAAAAGCAGGAAUGAAUGGAUUUGACAGACGUCCACUGGUGACGGAGGACAUCCAAUGGCCUAAUGGAAUUACACUCGACCUUGUCAAAAGCCGCCUCUACUGGCUGGAUUCCAAGUUGCACAUGCUCUCUAGUGUGGACCUGAAUGGUCAAGAUCGUAGGAUAGUGCUCAAGUCUCUGGAGUUCCUAGCUCAUCCUCUUGCACUCACCAUCUUUGAGGAUCGUGUCUACUGGAUCGAUGGAGAAAAUGAAGCAGUCUAUGGCGCCAAUAAAUUCACUGGGUCAGAGCUGGCCACUCUAGUGAACAACCUCAAUGAUGCCCAAGACAUCAUUGUCUACCAUGAACUCGUCCAACCAUUAGGUAAAAAUUGGUGUGAAGAAGAUAUGGAGAAUGGAGGAUGUGAAUAUCUCUGCCUGCCAGCACCACAGAUCAAUGACCACUCUCCAAAAUAUACCUGUUCCUGUCCCAAUGGGUACAAUCUCGAAGAAAAUGGACGAGCGUGUCAAAGUACUUCAACUCCUGUGACUUACAGUGAGACAAAAGAUAUCAACACAACAGACAUUCUACGAACUAGUGGACUGGUUCCUGGAGGGAUCAAUGUGACUACAGCAGUAUCAGAAGUGAGUGUUCCCCCAAAAGGGACUUCGGCUGCCUGGGCCAUCCUUCCUCUCUUGCUCUUAGUGAUGGCAGCAGUAGGUGGCUACUUGAUGUGGAGGAAUUGGCAGCAUAAAAACAUGAAAAGCAUGAACUUUGACAAUCCUGUGUACUUGAAGACCACUGAAGAGGACCUCUCAAUAGACAUCGGUAGACACAGCGCUUCUGUAGGACACACGUACCCAGCAAUAUCAGUUGUAAGCACAGAUGAUGAUCUGGCUUGAGUUCUGAACAAGGCUUGCUCUAUGAGGUCUACACCAAUAACACCCCACUCCAGAAUGAUAGCAGAGCCAGCGCUGAAGUCUCUUUUUUCUUCCUCCCAUCUGGAAGAACAUCAAGAUAUCUUCUUGUGGAUCAAGUUUGUGUACUUGAUCAUUUUUUUAUUACUUUUGUAAAUAUUCUUGGCCACAUUCUACUUCAGCUUUGGAUGUGGUUACCAAGUAUCUGUAACCCUUGAAUCCCUAGACAGUAUUGCCAUCUCUGGCCAAAUAUGCACUUUCCCUAGAAAGCCAUAUUCCAGCAAUGAACCUUGUGCUAUAGUGACUCCCACCUGUACAUACACUGUAUAGGCCACCUGUACAUAUCCCAGAGAACAAUCACUAUUCUUAAGCACUUUGAAGAUAUUUCUAUGUAAAUUAUUGUAAACUUUUUCAAUGGUUGGGACAAUGGCAAUAGGAUAAAACGGGUUACUAAGAUGAAAUUGCCAAAAAAAAAAUUUGUAACUAAUUUUGUACGUAUGAAUGAAAUCUUUGACCUCUGUAGAGGUUUACAAAGACUGACUUCAAACUACUGUACAUUUUUUUUCAAGUGCUAAAAAAAAUUAAACCAAGCAGCUUAUCCAUGGUUUUGAUUAUUCCUCUAAGAUGAGAUUCUGGGAACAGUAGCACCAAAUGUCCUAGACAUCUAAGCUAUAGUUAGUUCUUGAUGUUGUAUACCUAAGUCCAUAAUUGAACUAGUAUCUUUUACAACCAAGAACUAGCUAAACAAUUAAGUAUCAUUUAACAUUUGUUACCCCAUAUCUAUUGCUUCCUUUUUCCCUUCUUUCCUUCCUUCCUUCCUUCCUUCCCUCCUUCCUUCCUUUCUCCCUUCCUUCCUUCCUCCCUUCCUUUGCUGGCCUCAAGCUUGCAAUGCUGCUGCCUCAGCCUCUCAUCUUCUAGAAUUACGUGUCUACACAGCUAUACUCAGCCCAUGUACUUUUUAUUUUAUAAAUGACACUGUCUUCCUAAAAUUCCUUUCUUUAACAGAUUUCUUUUUCUGACUUUUUUUCCCACGAUCUAGAAACACAUGCCAAGAUUUUCAUAAGUUUUCUUGUUUUGUUGUCCAUGUUCUUUUAUUAUUUGUAGGUCAAAGAAAAGUGCCUUCUAUGGCAAGGGAAAGGGCUUUAUUCUUAUAAGAAUCUGGCCUGUCUUAACCAUGGAGAUGGGUAGGAAGGAUACUAGGCAGCAUCCAGCAUAGCUAAACAAUCUAAGCUGUGGUUCUUAGCCUGUCCCAGGAACAGCAGCAUGGGCUUCUAGGAACUUAACAGAAAUGAAGACUCUUGCUUCUCGCCCCAAACCUACUUAAUCAGAAAUACAGACCAGGAAAGAGUUUUCACAAAUUCUUCAUGUACUUUGGAUAUAACAUAAAGUUUGACAAAAGCUAUUCUAAUGUGGCUUUUAUGGAGGGUAUAACUAUAAUGUGUUCAAAAUUGUCAAUGUGGUGGCAUCAAAUAUGCAGACAUAGUCUUUCUGUGGAGAAUUUGUAGAACGUUGUGUGGCGAACAGAUAAGGAAUUGGAAUGUCAAGGGAAGAUUUUUGUGAGUUUUCCAUCACAUUGGCCAUCAUAUCCUGACUCAAGUCUCAAGAUUCCUGGAAGUGAAGGAAGAUACAAAGCUUAAAACAUAGACAAGAUGCUCUGACUUCACUGUAAAGUGGUCACUGUAAAAAGUCUCUGGUUCCAUGGGAUGAAAUGGCUGAGCCAGCAUCUGAAACAGUCAAGGUCAUUUCAUUUCUUUUUUUUUUUAAAACCUGUCUCUUCUGUAAAAAUCCAACAUUAGGUAGAACUUACUGUAAUUUAAAAGUCACAAAGUCAUUUAUAAAAAUGAAAUGCUUAAAUAUUGACAGAGUAUUGUUAAGUAUUGCUAAAAUAGCUAGUUAUCUGGUGAGACUGCUAAUUGAUUCAGUGUAUAGUAGUUCAUAAGGGAUGAGAACCUUGGCCUUUAUCACCCAAACAAGGCUUUAAGAACUCUAUAUGAGAUGGGUUGAUGUAAGUUGGUUGAGUCUCUAGAACAUCAGUUUUCAACUUGUGGGUUGCAAGCCCUUUGGGGGUGAGGGGGACACAUAACAGAUAUGCUGAAUAUCAGAGAUUUCCAUUAUGAUUUAUAACAAUAUCAAAUUUAUCAUUAUGAAAUAGUAAUGAAAUAAUCUUAUGGUUGAGGGUUACCAUAUGAGGAACUGUGUUAAAGGCUCAUGGCAUUAGGAAGGUUGAGAACCAUUGCUCUAGGGCUUAAUGUAGUAGAUAAUUCAUUAAGGGGUAAAAUAUGAAAUAUCAAAUCCUAAAAAUGAUAUUUACAAUUAAAACAGUCUGUCAUGAGGCAACUGUGAGUGGAACAUCCAAGGACUUGAGAAAUAUCUGCAAAGCAGAAAAAUCAACAGAUUUGUGGAUCGUGGUAAAGAAAUUCAACCAAGUCUCAAUCCAAAAUUUUAAGAGGUUGUUGCAAGCUGCACGUUCCUUGUUAAGAAACAGGGCUCACAUAUCACCAGGUCCCUUACAAUACUCUAACAGCUACUCUGAAGAUGUGGCAUCAUCCUGAGCCUUUGGAUCCUUGUAAAUAGGGGACAAACUUAAUUCUUUGAGGCUUUAACUUGGGCACUUGCCUUGAUACGUUUUAUUAUUGGAAGUCAGACAACCCCUCUCAAACGAGAGCAGGCAGGUUUUAAACAGCUCAAUUACUGAUCAGUUAAACGACUCACUUUUCAGUCAAGAACCCUGCAAAAAUCUGAGACUCACCCAAAUCCUAGCAUUUAACUGUUUUCACUUCAACCUCAAAGAUGCUAGUGGGCUUCCUAUGCCUCACAUAGCUAAAGAGAACUGAUUUUCUAGCAUUCUUCCAUAGUAAAAUCUUUCCUAAUAGAACAGUAUGUUUCCUUAAACCAGAAUGAACGUCAUGCUGCUUUUACCUAUGACAAAACAAACAAUUUUUAAAAAAAGAUCAUGCACCCUUCUGCUUACUUAAUUUCAAGGACAAAAAUCAAAAAUGCAACUCCUGAUCCAGACGUUGUGACCUUCCUUACAAAAGCCAGUAUUUUGCCCUCUUUGGAAAGACACAGAACUGUGUCCCCAUUUCAUCCAUAUUCUAGACUCUUAAACUUGGCAAAUUCUAGAAAUGGAAAAAAGUCUGCGAGAGUGUCUUGCUCUCAAGGAGAAAGAAAAAUGGUUUUGAAGAUGAGACAGUCUCUGUGGGUUUUGUCAUUGGUUUUUGUUUGUUUACUUAGUUUUCUCUAAUCUAGCAUGGAGGUCUCCAGCUCACAAGAGCUUCAUAGAAAGGAUAAUAAGCAUUUUCAUUCCCAUCAGCCUUUACCAAUGGAAAGCUGAUUGUAAGGUUUUUGCCCUAAGGACUAGGGACUCCUAAGUUGAGGGAUGUGAUUGGAGGUCCCAUCCCAUCUCUUUACAGUGUCACUUAAAUCUGUUUAGUGUUUCUAAACCUGGUUCAUCCAAGACACAAGAAUGAAGUGGGGCCACAGACCCAGAGUACUUUUAAGUUUCUCGGUUGUUUGUAUCUGUUAGCCCUGGGACAAGUGUGAGACAGGAAGAGCAUAGGGAGUAUGGGCUCGGUAGUGACUCUGGGAUAGCUCAAGGAUGGCUUUCUUUUUUUAAUGUGCUUGGGGGCAAAGUCAGAUGGGCAGCUGGGUGUGUGCUUAAGAGUGACUGUUGAUAGCACAUGCUUCUCUGUCCCUGGUGUGCUAGCUUGGGCAAGUUACUAAGCAGCUCUGUAGGAUGGAGAUGAUUGGAAUUCACUGGGACAAUAGCAUGAUACAGCAGGGAAUCCAAGAGUUCAGCACAGUGUCUGGCAUCUGGUGUGUAUGGGCAAAUGUACAGACUCUGACUGUCGGUGUGUGUUGUUACACAGCCCAGGAACUGGUAAGUGCCCUCACUGGUGAGCAUGGCAGGUAGCUUCACUCAGUGAGUAACAAGGGCAUUUAGCCCUGAUACACUUGUUUCCCAUCAUACUAUUCAGGAAGGAUCUCAAUUCAUACAGGUGAAAAUCCUUAAGGACUAUAUGAUUUAAACCCUGGAACACAGCUGGUGUGUGUGUCUGUCUUUGCUCCUCCUAAGACAUGGAAACAAGUAUUGGAACCUGCAGAGUGUUUAAAUGGCUAUUGAAGUGUUUUUAAUAGCCCUUCAGUUCUUACUAUAUGCUUAAUAUUGUGCUAAAUAAGUGCUCUUCAGUCUUUUAUUAGAGCUUCUUGGAAACCCUAAUAGGCAAGUAUUAUCUGGGUUUUGCAGAUGUGAAAGCUAAGACUAUGAACCAUGUGAGAUUCCAAACCAAAUAAGCUUGCUGCCAUGGUCUAGGGAGAGGGUGCUGUCCUAUGCAAAUGUUAAGUUGGAUAACACAUUGUGUAUUUGCUGAGUCUCUUUUCCUAUAGGUUUGCAGAACAUGUCUGAAGUUUCUCAGUUGUUAUAGAUUUCUUACCUAACCAGGAUGAUGGUGCACAGAACUCUAAAGCCAGUAGUGUGGCAUCAGAAUAGCACAGUAAUAACUCAGUUAAGCUACAACUUCAAGACAUGAGAUUUGGUAGAAUCCUUUUAUUGACCAUCUGAGUAGAAAUAGGAAUAGCUUUAAGAAAAAGACAGGUUCCUUAAAGAAAUUUUGAAAUAUGGCAUCACUCCCUAGCAAAACAUACUAGGAGAAAGCAAGCUACCAUACAAUACUUUUCAGUUUCCAAAGCAGCCAAGUGGAGAUCACAUCACAGGAGACAGGAAAUAUGGCUUGUUCACAGAAUGAUGCUACUUUGACUUCAAAACAAAUCUCAAGUGUUCUCGAAUCUGCUGGGACACUGAACUGUUUCUCAAUUUAUAUGUACACUUGGGGAGAAAAGAAUGUCUUUGAACUAAUGGCUGGCUUUCACAAAACCAUCUCGCCUCUCUGAAACAUUACACUUGAUACAGAAAUAUGGCUUAAGAGCAUGUGAUGUCUCAGGAGGCCCAUGCACACUCCAGAUCACCAUCUUAGUACCAUCACUGUUGUAAUGGCACAUGUUGGAACACAUCCAGUCCUGCUGACCUGUAGAUAAUUAUUUUUCUCUAAAUGAACUGUACAUUUAUCUUAAAUAAAAAUUUAUUUUUGAGAUAA